UAAACAGCCACCAUGUCGAGCAAAAAAGCAAAGACCAAGACCACCAAGAAGCGCCCGCAGCGCACCACGUCCAACGUGUUUGCCAUGUUUGACCAGACCCAGAUCCAAGAGUUCAAAGAGGCCUUCAACAUGAUCGACCAGAACAGAGAUGGCUUCAUCAACAAGGAAGACCUGCACGAUAGGCUUGCCUCACUAGGGAAGAAUCCCACUGAUGCAUACCUGGAUGCCAUGAUGAAUGAGGCCCCGGGGCCCAUCAACUUCACCAUGUUCCUCACCAUGUUUGGUGAGAAGUUAAAUGGCACAGACCCUGAGGACGUCAUCCACAAUGCUUUCGCCUGCUUUGAUGAAGAAGCAACUGGCACCAUCCAGGAGGAUUACCUGAGGGAGCUGCUGACCACCAUGGGCGACCGCUUUACCGACGAGGAGGUGGAUGAGCUGUACAGAGAAGCUCCCAUCGACAAAAAGGGGAAUUUCAACUACAUCGAGUUCACGCGCAUCCUCAAACACGGAGCGAAAGACAAGGAUGACUGAGCGCGCGAGCUGCAAGCUGCCCUGCUCCCCUUCCUCCCGCCCUGCUACUUCAGCCACUCGGCCCUCAUAGAAGCUGCGCAUGGAGCCUCGCCUCACAGCUUUGCUUUCUCCUGCUUCCUCUUGAUGUAUUUAUUCCAGACCUUUCCGCCACUUUGCAUUUGUAUAAUCAGACUGAAAAUGGGGAUGAGGUUGUAAAUUGUAUUGAAAAUGUGAUGCGAAUAAAAAUCAACAAAUGUGAAAGCCCAGGAAAAUAUA